CUUUAACUCUUUACUCUUAAGUGAAUGUAUACGUAUUGUUUAGGAUCCAAACUAAGUCCCGUUCACUGAAAGUCUGCCGCCGGUUGCCGCUGCUCGUCCGUCUUCAGCUGAUAAAAGCCCAAAAUUGUAGCUUAUGUUUGGACAAAUUAGUUUAAGGUGCUACCGUCGGCAAUACACUACUGCAGAGUGAGUGCAGGGGUCUGAUAUUUCUCGUCCAAGUGUCUACUCAACGCCGAGAAAAGUCACCAUUUUUGGUUGAAAAACUGCCCUUUGGAAGCCCUCCGUCUUAAUGUGACUAUUAGUGGGACAGAGAAGACAAGAACAUUGUUUUUGUGAAAUCAGAUGUCGACAGCAACAGCAACAUACCCACCACCGCCACCUUAUUACAGGCUGUACAAGGACUAUCUUCAGGACCCCAAGUCUGCUCCAGAACCUCCCCCUCACAUUGAAGGCACCUAUGUCCUCUUUGGUAGCAACUACACUACUGAUGAUGUACUCCCAAAUUUGGAAGAGCAGGGUGUGCGUCAAUUAUACCCAAAAGGGCCUAAUGUUGAUUUCAAGAAAGAACUAAGAGCACUUAACAGAGAGUUGCAGCUACAUAUAUUGGAGCUUGCUGAUGUUCUGGUAGAGCGCCCUUCACAAUAUGCCAGGAGAGUGGAAGAGAUAUCUCUGAUAUUCAAAAACUUGCACCACCUACUCAAUUCUCUGCGUCCUCACCAGGCUCGAGCCACACUUAUCCAUAUUCUAGAGCUUCAGAUACAACGGCGUAAACAAGCUAUAGAGGAUAUCAAGCGGAGAAGGGAAGAAGCUCAGAAGCUUCUAAAGGAGGCACUUGGUACCCUCGAGGGACAGUAGCAUGCUCGUUAAACUUUACACACUCAGCUGGCACAGUAGACUUGACAAUUCCUCAACAAUUAGUGUGUCCAGAAUGCUUUGAAAUUACAGUAUAGAAGUCAUUCAGUCCUAAUGUGAAAUUUCAUAGUGACAAAGCUCUGAUGUGGCAAGUGACAUGUCAUAAUCCGAUGCAAAAUAUUUGACGUUUUAGUCAUUGAGGCACUUCACAUAUGUACUGCUGAUGUAUGGUUCAAUUAAGGGUGUGUAAAAAGAUUUUGGUGAUCCAUAACAUUUCUGAUAAGUAUGUCUAUUUCCCAUCCUUAAUAUUGAAAUUGCAUGUGAUCUUCCUUA